AUGUCGAGCGAUGAUGAUCACAUCAGAGCUGCUAGAAACUUCGAGGCACAGAGUGCAUUCGCGUCUACCCUAGUGAAUGAUGUUGAAAAAGCUGGGCCACACAAGGUCAGCGACGUGCCAGAUAAACAGCACAAAAGCCUCUUCGGGCUUGCAAUUGAAAACCCCAAGACCCAUCCUGGAAGUGAUGCUGUCUUCGCGGCCAAGGCUCAGCUAUUGAACCAGGCGCUGCUGGACAUGGGGAUGGGGCUGUAUCAAUGGAUGCUUUUCUUGAUGACUGGCGUUGGGUGGUUUCUGGAUAGUUUCUGGAUAAUGUCUUUCCUCGUCAUUGCCCCAUCCGCUGGGAACGAAGCUCAGUUCUUUUUUACCGGCGACAACACAAAUUACCUCUUCAUCAGCUUGUCUGUUGGUCUCACCGUCGGCGGCACAGCUUGGCCCAUGAUGUCUGAUACACUGGGUCGGAAGUGGAUGUUCACUAGUACCAUCGUGUUGAUGGGAAUGGGUGGCUUAGUUGGCGCAGGCAUGCCUUCGUUUACAGGGUUGUGUGUCGUCGGCUGCGUUGUCGGAUUUGCCGCUGCCGGCAAUCAAGCUGUCGACGCAAUGAUUCUUCUGGAAUCACUUCCUGCGUCACAUCAGUUCUUAGUAGCCCUACAAGGUGUUUUCUGGGGAUUGGGACAAUUAGUCGCUACAGCAGUUGGAUGGGCUUUCAUCGCUCUAUACACAUGUGGCACCGGCCCAGACGAAGUGAGCACAUCUCAGUCAAUGGGCCACAAACGCGCUCUCAGCCAUUCAAGCAGUGCCAGUUCUUCAUCUAGCAGCUCCUCGUCCUGUCACUACGUCAGCAACAAAGGCUGGCGCUACGUAUGGUGGACAUUCGGGUGCAUGACUCUCUUCCUGUAUUUGUGUCGGUUCGCACUUAACCUAUACGAAACACCAAAGUUCCUCCUCUCACGACGUCGCGACGCAGAAGCAACCCAGCUUGUCAAGGAUAUUGCGCUCUUCAACAAGCGCCAGACGUGGCUUACGGAAGCAUCCUUUGCACGGGUCGAUUCCACUAUCGAUGGUUCGGAGGCUGAACUACGCACAAAGUCUCGAUCCCAAAGCCUCGUUUCUUCUCUUACUAUCUAUGGCACAGUGUCCCUUGUCCUGCUGUGGAGUGUGAUGGGGUUAAGCUUCAUCCUUCACCAAACUUAUGUCGGUAAUUAUCUCGCGACACAUGGUGUAGCCCAAGUCAACGCGACAACAGUCUCGAGGUCCUACCUUUUCAGCCGGUACCUAUAUGUUGGGCUGUGUGCUAUCCCCGGCCCACUUGUGGCGGCGAUCUUGGUCGAAGUGAAGGGCGUAGGACGGAAGCGCACCGGAGCUGGGAUUGCUGUCUUAACUGGGCUAUUCAUGCUCCUCGCUACUGUGGCCCGAUCUCACAAUUCUGCGUUGGCUUUUGAGUGCAUCAUCAGCUUCCUUCGGUUUGCUGGCAUGGCUACGCUGACUCUUUAUACUGUUGAGGUUGUGCCUAGUACAGUGCGUGGAUAUAGUCUAGGUGUGAUGGGAUUCUGCUGGGGUCUGUUUGGAUUGAUUGCCUAUAUUAUCACCACUUUCAAUAGCGCUGCAGUCUCGGGCGGGGGCCCGGUUUGGUUCUGCGGUGCGGUUUGGAUCCUUAUGGCUGGUGCGUGGGUGGCUUUACCAGUUGAAACUCAAGCUAGAGCGGCGGCGUAG